AUGGAGAUUUGGAAACUGUCAACAUUAAUGCUCACUUUACUCGCUCUCGCCUACAGCGUUGAAGUUUUCUUUCUCUCUAACCGAGACAACUGGAUUUCUGAUAAUUGGGAGGAUGAGCCGAUGGAGGAGACAUUAGCCAGUCAAGUGGCCAGUCUGUUGAAGAGAUCCAAAUCUCAUCUUUAUGGGUUAAUGGGGAAACGCUCUGAAGUCCUUCAGCCUGUAAAAAUGGAGCGAAGAAGGCACAAGGGUGAUAUGUUUGUGGGGCUCAUGGGAAAGAGAUCUUUAGGAGGUAUGACUUCACUUAAAAUAUUUGUAAAAUUCUGGUAA